AUGCGCUCACUACUUCCUGUUUUUAUCCUUUUUCUUGGUUUCUUCGCAAUUGCAACUGCUCGCAGAAUAAACCUUAUAGUCAAGAAAACUAAUGAAUGGUAUGAUUCUGCCACAAUUCAAUCUGUCGACUAUGAGAAGCUGGGACGGAAAAGUUGGGACGAAUUGACUGAAGUGGAGAGAUAUCUAUUGGAUACUGAACAUGCUUUACGUGGUUUGAAUUCAGAUUCUGUUUCAAAAGAUUAUGAUUAUCAGGAAGAAGAGUAUGACGAGAUCAACCAUGAUUCGAAAGAAAAAGACAAUGAUGACGCAACAGAUUCUGAAGAGAACAGCGUCAAGGAUUCAGAUGAAGACGACGAGGAGAAUUCUGUUUCAGAUGAAGCUAUUGAGGAGGGUGUAGUGACUGAAGAAGAUGAUAACGAUAACGAUGCAGAUGACGGUAGUAAUGAAAACCAAUCGAAAGAAGAAAAUGAUGAAAGAGAGGAUUCCGAAGAAGACAGCUCCGAAGAUUCAGAUGAAGACGAGUCAUCAGAAGAAGUAUCCCAGGAACCUUCAGAAACUAGCCAUCACUACAAUGACAGAAGAAGAAUCGGAGGGAGAGCAGCCCGUGUUUGGAACACGAGACAGUACCAGUAUUACCAUCUUUCUGUUCAUUAUCUCAUCAAUGUGUAUGUUAAACUGAGAAGCGAAAUUGAUAUCGGACUUUUCUAA